UGCUGAAGCCCCAACCUUAUAUGGAUGAAGAACUUCAUAUGGAACAAGCACGAAGUUAUUGUAAAGGGCAUCUGUUUAGUUACGAUGCUCGAAUUUCGACUCCUCCUGGUUUAUAUAUGUGGCCUUGGUUACUUUCUAUUUUGACUAAAGUGCUCUCGAUUCCCUUUUUAAAUUCCUGUAUAUGUAGUGUCUUGUUCUUACGUCUGAUAUGUGGUUGUUUUGCUGUGUUGUUAUGGUUGGAGUUCAAGAGUUGGUCACGACUCUCAAGACGCAGCAUAAGUUCAACACAGUUACUUUUCUUAUGGAGUCAUCCGAUCUUAUUUUUUUAUUAUUUCUUUUAUUAUACGGAUGUUCCAUCGUUGUACUUUGGUCUCCUGUGUCUUCGGUUUUCCUAUAAACGUUCACCUGUAAAUGCUGCUAUUUUUGCAACUCUUGCAACUCUUCAUCGACAGACCAGUUUGAUGUAUCAUCUUGUUUCUUGCCUUAUUCUUGCAAGUCAACUUUUCGACUGCAAUGCAGAAAUGUCACCAUCGAGUAUCGUUUCGUUCUUAUGGAAAUUGCUGGCUAACUUUAUUUUCAAUCCAAUAGCCUGUUUUCGUUUAUGUUGGCCACAUUUUGUUUGUUUUAUAGGCUAUGGUUUAUGGUUGGUUCAGAGAGGAACGGUUGCUAUAGGUCACGCAGAACAUCACAGACUAAUUUUUCACCCUACUAUGGUAUUGUAUUUUUUAUGUUAUGAACUUUUGUUCUAUCCUCCAAGCGUUUUUUUAGUCCUUAGAUUCUUGAAAAGUCUUAGAGAUAGUUCUUUAUAUUGGCAACUUAUGGCAAUGAUCUUCUUUCUUUGUGUUCGAUACUGCAUAUAUUUGCAUCCCUUCCUUCUAUCAGAUCGACGACAUUAUACUUUUUUAUUUGUUCGAUGUGUUUUUCAGAAACGCAAAUAUUUGAGAUAUGCUUUGAUUCCAUUUAGUCUUGUGGCCACUUACAGCAUGGAAGAGAAACUACGGAAUCUCGAAAUUUUGGAACAAACAUAUUUGAAGUUUUUGAUUGCAUUUCCCUUUAUUUUUAUUCCACUUCUAGAGUUGCGUUACUUUGUACCAAACUAUAUCAUUAUUCAUCUGGUUUGCUUGGUAUUUACGUCGACAAAGCUUCAAGGAGAUUUCAGAAAACAAAAGUCAAAGGGAGAACGUGACGUCUCUCACUAUACAGUGAAUAUAUUGGACUCAGAUCAUUUACUAUUUUAUCGCUGUUUAUGCAAUGUGUGUUGUUAUGUUGUCCUGCUCAUGGUGUUUUAUUGUUUCCCGUUGGAUCAUUGGAAAACAGAUGGCUUGGAAAGCAGAUCACUGUUGUCCCAACUACAUUUGGACUGUCGUAAAUGUGCGCUGGAACGAAUGAUGCCAUGAGCGGAGAUCAAGCAAGAAAAAUGAAGGGGGCUGGGUCGAUUGACGUGGAAUCUUAUGAAUUGAACCACCCACCAUAAAAAAAAUGCUUGCAAU